CCUCGGGCGCCUCAGCUUAUUAUUUUACACAGAGAGGUUGGAGGUCCGCUCGGUUGUUUGCCGCCCAGCCUCCGGCAUUCUCCUUGCCGCCGCCCUACUCGAAGCCUUCGAGCCUCACGGAACUCAGGGAUAUAGACUACACGCGAGCAGGGAAGGGUCCCCGGAACGAUUCCUUCGCGGAACCAUUGAGACGAGGCUUCCAGGAGCGUGUGGAGGGGACGUUCUCCCCCCACCCCCGCGGUGGGCCUGACUGGACUGGCAGGGAUGGCGGCGGCGGCGGCGGCAGACGCUCGGCCGGGCGCCGCCAUCCCGGUGGAGCUGCGGCGCGAGAGGCGCAUGGUGUGUGUGGAGUACCCGGGCGUGGUGCGCGACGUGUCCAAGAUGCUGCGGACCCUGGGCGGCGAGGAAGGCGUCUCCCGGAUCUACACAGAUGCCACCAAGAGGCUGGAGCUUUACUUCCGGCCCAAGGACCCCUACUGCCACCCCGUGUGUGCCAACCGCUUCAGUACCAACAGCUUGCUGCUCCGGAUCAAGCGGAAGACCAGGCGACAGAGUGGGGUGCUGGGGCCUGAGGCUCGCCCCCAGGUCACGUACGACAUAGAGAGCCUUGGAGUCGUCUCCACCGUCUUCAAAUUUCAAGGGAUGUCCGACUUCCAGUACCUGGCGGUGCACACAGAGGCGGACGGCAGGCAGGUGUCCAUGUACGACAAGGUGCUCAUGCUCAAGCCCCAGAAGGAGAGCUUCUUCCACCAGGACCUGCCGCUCUACAUCCCCCCGCCCAUCUUCUCCAGGCUGGACACGCCGGUGGACUACUACUACCGCCCAGAGACACAGCACCGGGAAGGCUACAACAAUCCCGCCCUCUCGGGCGAGAACCUGAUCGGCCUGAGCAGGGCCCGGCGCCCCCACAAUGCCAUCUUUGUCAACUUUGAGGGGGACGAGGUGCCCGAGCGGCCAAUGGAGGCCGCAGUCCAGACGUGGAAGAAGGUCUGCACCAACCCCGUGGACCACAAAGUGGAGGAGGAGCUGAGGAAGCUGUUUGACAUCCGUCCCAUCUGGUCACGCAAUGCCCUCAAGGCCAACAUCAGCGUCCACCCCGACAAGCUCAAGAUCUUGCUGCCCUUCGUGGCCUAUUACAUGAUAACAGGCCCCUGGAGAAGCCUGUGGAUUCGAUUUGGAUAUGACCCCCGAAAACGCCCAGAGGCCAAGAUUUAUCAAGUGCUCGACUUCCGAAUCCGAUGUGGAAUGAAAUACGUUACUUGUGGCUCCUGCCGUGCAGGCCAGGCAUCCGGUCAGUGUCCGUCCCCCGCCUGCGGUUACGCCCCCAGCGACAUGCCCGUCAAGGCCAAGCGCAGCACCUACAGCUACAGCCUCCCCAUCACCGUCAGAAAGACCAGUAAGGGCCUCGGGCUGCCUUGCAGAGCAGGCACCGGGAGAGGGCGUCCAGACUGUGCGAGGGCAGGGGCCUCCCGAAGGGCCACCCCAGGGCCCUGCUGGCCAGCGCGCCCCAGGGUGGGAGGCGGAGCUUGGGGGGCGGGAGAAAUACCCCCCUGUAUUCCAGACCCCUGCCGUGGUCCCCUCGCAGCCAGCCAGCUCGUCACCAUGCGUGACCUGAAGCAAGGCCUGGGCCCCUCGGGGUCGGCCUCCGCACAGAAGUCGAGUCCCAACAAGUACAAGCUCAAGGACUCAGUGUACAUCUUCCAGGAGGGGGCCUUGCCGCCGUACCGACAGAUGUUCUACCAGUUCUGUGACCUGAACGUGGAGGAGCUGCAGAGAGUCAUUCACCGCAACGAUGGGGCGGAGAGCUCCUGCACCGAGCGCGAUGGCUGGUGCCUCCCCAAGACUACAGACGAGCUGAGGGACACCAUGUCCCUCAUGAUCCGGCAGACCAUCCGCUCCAAGAGGCCUGCUCUCUUCUCCAGCCCGACCAAAGCGGACAGUGGGAAAGAGCAGCUGACCGGCGAGUCCGGGGAAGAUGAGGAGGAGGAAGACGACGAGGAGGAGGAGGAGUUCAAGCCGUCUGAUGGGAGCGAGAACGAGAUGGAGACAGAGAUCCUGGACUACGUGUAAUGCAGCCCUGGGCCCUCAGCCGGGCCCCCAGCCCAGGCCCCUGCCCAGGUCCAAUGAGGGGUCUGGGACACGCCAGGGACCCCGGCGCCAUCUACAGCAGCCAGCACAGCCCUAGGCGGCCUGUCUGAGGAGAGCAGCUGGGUGCGCUGCCCCUGGUCCCGCCCAGGCUGCCCCCUGGCCCCGGGUGCCUGUGCCCAGCCUCACCAGCCCAGCACCCUGCCCCACCCCUGGCUGAGACCAGUGUGAGCUGGCGGUGGGGAUGGUGCAACCCGGGAGGGGCCGGCCUGGCUGGGGUCAGACUGGAGGUGAGGGCGGCGCGGGGACCCUGGUCCAGGUCACGGGGGUGAAGACUGUCCUUAGUGUUAGACCCCAUCCGUUGAGGUGACCUGGCAAAGGGCAGGCCCAGCUGGAACUGUCCUCAUUAAAGAUGUUUCCCCAAGGA